AUGUCAUCUUCUCUGUACUUAUGUGUGACCUUGUUCUUCUUCCAGCAAUACCCCAUUGAUACUUAUGACCCACUCAUGGGCCUGGUAAAGGCGAUGGUAGCUCUUGGUAGUAAGCCUUCUUACGUGGGCACUGGAUCUGAGCUUGGGACCCUCUUCAUCAUGCUACUUACCUGCAGCUAUAGUGUCUUCACUGUGCUCCCUCUCAUUGUCCUGCACAUCACUGGACAAUACAUGAUAUGGUCUGGAGAGCUAAAGGAUGCCAGACUUGCAUCUUAUAGGUUGACAGUGACUUCACAGGGGUUGCACUCUGGUGGUGAUCCCACAGAAGCAACUGCUAAACCAAAGAGGAGCUUCUAUGCCGCGAGGGAUUUGUACAAAUACCGACAUCAGUACCCAAACUUCAAAGAUAUCCGAUAUCAAAAUGACUUGAGCAACCUUCGCUUUUAUAAGAAUAAAAUUCCGUUUAAGCCAGAUGGUGUUUACAUUGAAGAGGUUCUAAAUAAAUGGAAAGGAGACUAUGAGAAGCUGGAGCACAACCACACUUACAUUCAAUGGCUUUUCCCCCUGAGAGAACAAGGCUUGAACUUUUAUGCUAAAGAAUUAACUACAUAUGAAAUUGAGGAAUUCAAGAAGACAAAAGAAGCAAUCAGAAGAUUCCUCUUGGCCUAUAAAAUGAUGCUAGAAUUUUUCGGAAUAAAGCUGAUUGAUAAAACAGGAAAUGUGGCUCGGGCUGUGAAUUGGCAGGAAAGAUUUCAACAUCUGAAUGAGUCCCAGCACAACUAUUUAAGAAUUACACGAAUUCUGAAAAGCCUUGGUGAGCUUGGGUACGAGAGUUUUAAGUCUCCUCUUGUAAAAUUCAUUCUCCACGAGGCUCUAGUGGAAAACACUAUUCCCAAUAUUAGGCAGAGUGCUCUGGAGUAUUUUGUGUAUACAAUUAGAGACAGAAGAGAGAGGAGAAAGCUCCUGCGGUUUGCCCAGAAACAUUACACACCGUCGGAGAAUUUCAUCUGGGGACCACCUAGAAAAGAACAGCCAGAGCGAAGCAAAGCCCAGAAAACUCCUACUCUGCCCACUUCGGGUUCGAACAGUCAAACUUCCAUGCACAAGAAAUCCAAGGACUCCAAAAAUUCUUCAGUAGCUAUUCACCUAAAUAGCAAAACUGUGGAAGAAAAGAAGGGAGCCUCCAGGGAGACUGGGGAGGAGACAGACAAGCCGAGCCCAGAGCCUUGCAGUGAAGAUACCAAGCCAAGAAACACAGAGAAAGACAGUGCUGCUGACGAAUCGAAUUCCCCACCGGAGGAGAAAACAGUUACUGAGACCACAGGGAAAGGGGUGUGUCCAACUUCUGAAAACAUUAGAGAGGGGGAAACCCAGAGCAAAGACUUGGAAAAUCCUGAAAACACCAGUUGCCAUGAUGAGGUAAUGUCACAGUGAAUUGUCACAAACCCACAAACCAGUUCCUGUCAAGGGAAUAAAAAAGUAGUCUAACUUAUCCUGAAGAACAGAGAUGAGGUCAUGUUUAAGACGUUAGCCAUCUGUGACUUUUGUUGUUAAUCCCUUGGUUCUUGCCUUUGGAUCACAAUGAAUUUGGAUAUUUAAUAAGCAAUUUUUAAAACCGGUUCCAAUAAAAGAAUAUAUUUAGGAUGUAUUUCCAAAUUCUGUAUAUAACAGUCACUUUAAAAAUAUUUUCAAGUUAUCUGGAACUAAUGGAGUAGCAUUUGGUAUUCAACACAUUCUCCUGGGAGAUUCAUGCAGAAAUGAGAGCCUCUCAUGAUGCAGUUACACCUGGCUUGUAUUCAUUUUGAAACUGGAAGGAUGAGGUGUUCUCAAAUGUAGCCAGAAAGUAAUCUGGACUCUUUGAUAGCAGCACCUCAGUGUUCUUAGCUUUGACUCUGCAGUGGCUGUCUUUCCCACUUGUCUGCAGUCCUGCUUUUUCCUGUCUUUGUCAGCUUCCAGAUGAGUUUCCUAGUACGUUAGGACCCUCUCCUGUCCAGGUGGAAGAGGGGAAAUUUUAAUAGUCUGAUUUCACAACUUUUUAAAAUGUUUAGAAUAAUGAAGGUAUUUUCAGUAAUAAGUGCUUAUAAAGGAUUUGUGUGUAUGUACGAGAAAAAAUCCAGAAAAAAAAAGACUGAUUUUUUUUUUUUUUUGCAUCUGUUCUAUACAAAAUUGGUGAUUGAUUAUGGAUGCAAAUCACUUAGGAGUGCUUUUUUCUGUUUUGUUUUGUUUUUUUGGUUUUUGUUUUUUUGUUUUUUUUUGUUGUUGUUGUUUUGUUUUUUCAAGACAGGGUUUCUCUGUGGCUUUUGAGGCUGUCCUGGAA